AUGGAUAUAGCUAAAUUAACUUGUUCCAUUUGUUUGGAUCUACUGAAGGAUCCAGUGACUAUUCCCUGUGGACACAGCUACUGUAUGAACUGUAUUAAAUGCCACUGGGAUGGAGAAGAUAGGAGGAGAAUCCACAGCUGCCCUCAGUGCAGGAAAGAGUUCAUACCGAGGCCUGUCCUGAAGAAAAAUGUCAUGUUUGCAGAGCUAGUGGAAGAUCUGAAGAAGACUGGACUCCAAGCUUCUCCAGCUGAUCACUGUUAUGCUGGACCAUUAAAGAAUGACAAAUUGGUGAAUCCCUCCAAGACGCCACAGGAGAACAUCUGCUCUCGUCAUGAUGAGGUGAUGAAGAUCUUCUGUCGUACUGAUCAGCAGUGUAUCUGUUAUCUCUGCACUAUGGAGGAACAUAAAGGCCAUGAAACAGUCCCAGCUGCAGCAGAAAGAGCUGAGAAGCAGAAGAAGCUCCAGRAGAGUCGACAACAAAUMMAKCAGAGAAUCCAKRACCRAGARAAAGAUGUGRAGCUGCUUCAAYRGGARRUGRAGRCCAUCAAUGUCUCUGCUGAUAAAGCAGUGGAGGACAGUGAGGAGAUCUUCACUGAGCUGAUCCGUCUCCUCCAAAAAAGAAGACCAGAGGUGAAGCAGCAGAUCAGAUCCCAGCAGGAAACUGAAGUGAGUCGAGUCAAAUAUGUUCAGGAGAAGCUGGAGCAGGAGAUCAGUGAGCUGAAGAGGAAAGACGCUGAGCUGGAGCAGCUCUCACACACAGAGGAUCACAACCAGUUUCUCCUCAACUACVCCUCACUGCCAGCACUCAGUGAGUUGACACACUCAUCCAGCAUCAACAUCCGUCCUCUGAGACACUUUGAGGACGUGACAGCAGCUGUGUCAGAGCUCAGAGACAAACUACAGGACUUCCUGAGAGACAUAUGGACAAAUAUCAAGCUGGCAAUAACUGAGGUGGAUGUUCUACUGUCAGGACCAGAACCAAGGAGCAGAGCUGGAUUCUUAAAAUAUUCUCAAGAACUCACUCUGGAUCCAAACACAGCACACAAAAAUAUUUUAUUAACUGAGGGGAACCGAAAAGCAACAAGAAUAAAACGAAAGCAGUCUUAUCCUGAUCAUCCAGAGAGAUUCAGUCGUUGUUGUCAGGUUCUGAGUAAAGAGAGUCUGACUGGACGUUGUUACUGGGAGGUGGAAAUGAGAGGGGAAGUACUUCGUGUAGCAGUUUCCUACAAAAACAUCAGCAGAGAAGGAGGAUCAGACGAAUGUUUAUUUGGAUUCAAUUCCAACUCAUGGUCAUUACUCUGUGGCAUAAACAGUUAUACAUUUUAUCACAACAACAAUAAAAUUCCAGUACCAGGUCCAGUUUCCUCCAGAAUAGGAAAACACAAGCUGGUGAAUUCCUCCAAGACUCUCCAGGAGAACAUCUGCUCCAGUCAUGAUGAGGUGAUGAAGAUCUUCUGUCGUACUGAUCAGCAGUGUAUCUGUUAUCUCUACACUAUGGAGGAACAUAAAGACCAUGAAACAGUCCCAGCUGCAGCAGAAAGAGCUGAGAAGCAGAAGAAGCUCCAGGAGAGUCGACAACAAAUCCAUCAGAGAAUCCAAGACCAAGAGAAAGAUGUGAAUCUGCUUCAACAGGAGGUGGAGGCCAUCAAUGUCUCUGCUGAUAAAGCAGUGGAGGACAUUUACACCUACUGCGAACCGACACAGGAUUUCAUCGACUGCACAGCCUGCAGGGGUCAAAGGAUGACUCCACACUGCAAAGUCUGGAAGGACAACCUAGACUGUGACAACUUGUUUCAGGAGAGGAGUUUCAACAUCACACAUAAGACAAAGAGAAAACAGGAGACAACGCUGUGCAGUGCCAUAGUGCCARGAGACUAUGGUUCACGGGUGAUGGCAGACUGGUACUUCCUGUACCCGAUUGUAUUCAUCAGGAAAGGACGACACAUUCUGGCUGCCCGCUCCAAGCGUGAAGUUAUGCCWGAGGUCAAACGCUGGGGAGGCCUCACAACAGACACUGGAGUUCCAUGGGAAUUCAGGAUUUGGACCGGAGGAGAAAAGUUCAUGCAGAGCAUGUUCCCAGGAGUUGGAUUAGGAGAGGUUCGAAGCCACAUUGGAACUAACAGAUAUGGAUCACUGCGACUAAUCAACAUCACAUACCAGCUGGCCAAUGGCACCGCAAAAGAGCUGACUGAACUGAGAAACAUGGAGAGGGGUGACCAUCGUCCGGCCACGCCCCAGCCCAGUCMCGGAAGGCGCUCCUCGCCGACCGGAGUCGGGUAUCGGRGUCCGACCGAAGCGAUGCGGCGCUACGGUAUCGUUACGUCUAGGCGGGAUUCUGACUUAGAGGCGUUCAGUCAUAAUCCCACAGAUGGUAGCUUCGCCCCAUUGGCUCCUCAGCCAAGCACAURCACCAAAUGUCUGAACCUGCGGUUCCUCUYGUACUGA